AUGGACAAGACAAAGCGCAGAACUCAAGUGACAAAAACUCAAAGAGGUGAAGGUCCUGACAAGGCUAGAGCCAAACAGAGGGAUGGAUCCGGGGAGGGAAAUGGGGGUGAUGCCACGGAAUGCAUUGCGCUUGGUGAUGCAAUACACCGAGUGCCACCCCGAUUGUGCAUGCGAUAUUCCCAUCAACAACCGAGGGCAAUUCCAGAGGCGUUGUUGCAGGCGCCAGCAUCGGCAAAAGUUCCCUCCUCCGCUGUGAAAACCCGCUAUUUAUAA